AUGCCAGCCGUACGGGCCUGUACAAACUGUGUCCGAGCAAAGACGAGAUGUGCCCUCAGUGGAGCUUCCGGGACAUGUGAACGAUGUGUACGCCUUCGGAAGGCCUGUCAGCCAUCGCCUCCCGUGCGCAAGCGCCGGGUAGUGGCCAAGGCCUCUGCGAAAGAUGUCCAGAAGCUGGAGGAGAAGCUGGACGGACUGUACAGUAUCCUCCAGGGCCAGACGGGUCUGCUGAACGGACCGAUGCAGCCGGCCCAGGAGCCUGUAAUUCCAGCACCUCACACGGACGAAACCGUAUCGUUGCCUAUUCCUCUAACACAAGAUCUGUCAGGAACAACAUGUAGUCCGGCUGCUCCGUCUUUGGAACAGCCUCGGGCCACUUCUUACGAGCCUAACGAUGAUGAUGCCGAGCUGUAUUUAGCUAGGUUCCGCUCUGACUUUAUUGGCCAUUUGCCCUUUCUUGACAUUUCAGUAUCUCAAAGUGCCCAUCAGCUGCGUCAGGAGAGUCCGCUGCUGUGGCUAGCUAUAAUGACUGUUGCAUCUACUCGGACCACGCAGCAGAAAGCCAUGUCCAGGCAGAUGAGAGAGACAUUUGGUCGCGAGGCGUUUGUAGAAGGCACGAGGAGUAUAGACUUCUUGUUGUCAGUCCUGGUAUAUGCCACCUGGGAUCGCUACUACGCCCUUGACAAGCCGCUUUUUACUAGUUUGAUGCAGUUGGCUAUUGCAAUUGUAUACGACCUAGGCCUGGACAAGCCGCCGGUGCAGGACCCGAGUCUUCUGCUUAGCUAUGACCUGAAGGGACACAAUCGGCCGUCCCAUUACUCUCGGCUGCCUACCAUGCAGGAACGCAGAGCUUUGCUGGGGUGCUUUCUUGUGAGCUUUACGUCGAAUGUGUCCCGAAACGGCGAGCCACUUCAGUGGACGCCCUCAUUCGACGACUGUCUUCACGUAUUCGAAGAAGAAAAAGAAUCAACCAAUGACACUCUGCUGGUGCAGCUUGUCAAACUACGCCUCAUCACAGGAAAGGUGAUGGACGCACCAGGGACGGAGCCAAGUGACACCCAAAUCCUGCGGCCAUCGGCUUCAAUCUAUUUACAGUCAUUUCAGAAGCAAAUUCGCACAUUCCGAUCACAAAUCCCUCUCGAACUCACCAACAACAAGAUCCUGCAAAUGGAGUUAUACAGCGCAGAAAUGAUGAUCCACGAGAUUGGCUUCUCAUCAGACCCAACUAUCUUUCCUCGGCAAUCAAACCAACAAUUUGAAUGCCUCUGUGCCUGCCUCCAAACCAUCAAGUCAUGGACCGACAACAUCCUGGCCCUGCAACCUGUAGAGUAUGUCGGGCUUUCGUGCUUGAUGUGUGCCAACAUGGCGCGCAGCUUCAUCAACCUCUACCGGCUCACUGUCUGUGACUAUCCCGUUUGGGACCGUAAGCUGGUGCAGGAAACGAUAGACGUGUCCUGGGUACUGGAAACGGCGGCGCAGCGGUUCACGCAGGUCAAAGACGCGGCGGGACUCGAUCCAGAAGGCACUCAGGAACUGGAUUUCUUCAUGAUUAUGGUAGCGAAAAUGGAGGCCAUGAAGAUGUCGUGGGACACGGCGGUGAUGCCGAUGAUGGAAGACUCGUGGGAGCCGACUUUGGAUGAUCUGGACAUGUUCUCUAGCGAAUUCCGCAAUAUGUGGAGUUGGUGAUACCUCUGCAGCUGGGGAACAGUAAGAAUACAAGACUUUUCGGUGCUUACCAAUAAGCAGUUUCCCAACCCGUUUGCAGGCGGAGGAAUCUGAG